AGGCUUGUGAGUCGAGACCAGGACAGGGAGGGAUCACUCGCCAAUUAUGGCCACAGCCAAAACAGAUUCGACUUGGGGGAAAAAAAAAAAAUCAGUUAAAUUUGUUACCAAGCAAAUCAGAAUCUCUGCUCCGGCACACCUCCUCCCUCUCCUUCUUCACCGCCCUCGGGGUCUGCAUGGUUGUUUCUCUCGCAUCCUCCUCCUCCUCUCUCCGCUGCAGGUCUUUUUUUCAGCAGUCUUGCUGCCCCUUCUUAAAAAUGCUAUCACAGACGUGCUACCACCAUCGCUAAUAGACUCUGCCUUGGCCAGAGGCGGGUCUGGCUUGGAGCUGGGGAAGCUUUGAGCAGCUUCUGACCAGAGCCACCGCUGCUGUCCCUCCCCUGCUACCAAAACCCCGCCACACAAACCCAACAAAAUAUUGCAUAACACCCUGCCAGAAAGGGGCUGGAUCUCGGUUUAACCAAUGGCUUAGAGUCAGGAAGAGAAACCUCUCUCCUUCCUGAUCAUUCGAAAGUGAAACGAAGUUGGUCACUCCCCAUGGCAGCCAGAAUGUCUGUGGAAAACCUCCAGGAUGAAGCCUCCUGCUCCAUCUGCCUGGAGCUUUUCCAGGACCCCGUGUCCAUCCACUGCGGGCACAGCUUUUGCCGGGCGUGCAUCACUCGGAGCUGGGAAGGACUGACCACCAACUUCUGCUGCCCUCGGUGCAGGGAGACGGUGCCCCAGCAGAGCCUCCGACCCAACUGGGAGUUGGCCAACAUCAUUCAAGUAACCAAGAGCUUGAACCUCCAACCGGUCAGAGAGGUGGAAGGAGGGGAGAACUUGUGCAAGGAGCACCAGGAAGCCCUGAAGCUCUUCUGCGAAGAUGAGGAAAGGCUUAUCUGCGUGGUGUGCGACAAGUCCAAGGUGCACCGUAACCAUUCUGUGGUUCCCAUGGAUGAGGCUGCCCAGGAGUACAAGGAACGAAUUCAGACCCAACUGCAGUUUCUGAAAUUAGAGCAAGAGUCACUUCAAUAUGCCGUGGAGGACAGAGAAGACAGAGUCCAGCGCUACACUAAGACGACAGAGGCCGAAAAGCAGAAGAUUGUGACUGAAUAUAAGCAGCUGCACAAGUCCCUGGAGAAGCAGGAGUCCUUUUUGCUGGCCCAGCUGGAGCAGCUGGACACAGAGAUAAUGAACAUGCAUAAAGGAAUCCUCACCAGGCUUUCGGAGGAGACCACGAGCCUGGGCACGCUGAUCAGGGAGAUGGAGAGGAUAUGCCAGCAGCCAGACUGUGAACUCCUGAAGGACAUCAAAACCACCUUGAGCAGGUGCGAGAGGAAAAAGUUCUCGCAGUUACUCGAUGUUUCCCCUGAGCUGGAAAAAAGAUUCUGUGAUUUCACAGAGAAAACCGCAUUCAUCAAGAAGGCUGUGGAGAAAUUUCAAGGCACAAUGGAGUUCGAACUUCCUUUAACAACACAGAUGACGCUGGACCCGAACACGGCCAAAGCCAAGCUUUACCUCUCGGAAGACUGCAAGGUUGUGUGGUGGGGAAACCGUGAGCACGACCUGCCCUCCAACCCGGAGAGGUUCAAAUUCCAUCCCUGUGUGCUGGGCUCGAGGGGCUUCACAUCAGGUUGGCACAGCUGGGAGGUGGAGAUCUGCAAAGACGGCAUGUGGUCCAUCGGGGUGGCCAAGGAGUCGGUGCCGAGGGAGACUUGUUUACCCCUGACACCCGAAAAGGGGGUAUGGGCACUGUGUCACAUCACUGAAGGGUACAAGGCUCUGACCUCUCCUUAUAUCACCGUCUUGACGCUACGCAAUGCACCCCAGCGGAUACGAGUCUGCUUGGACUAUCAGGAAGGGAGGGUGCUGUUUUUUGAUGCUGUGCGCAAGACACGGAUCUUUGCUUUUCUGCAGGCUUCUUUCAAAGGGGAGACAGUCUACCCAUGGUUGGGAAGAGCCAUGGCUACGCAGAGCCCGGUGGAAAGCCUGCACAGCGAAGCCUCCUGCUCCAUCUGCCUGGGUUAUUUCCAAGACCCUGUCUCCAUCCACUGCGGCCACAACUUCUGCCGGGCGUGCAUCACCCGCUGGUGGGAAGGGCUGGAGGCACAUUUCUGCUGCCCGCGGUGCAGGCAGACGCUGCAGAAGAGCUUCCGUCCCAGCAGGGAGCUGGCAAAUAUUGCCGAAAUCGCCAGGCAGCUGAGCCUGCGGGCAGGAGGAGGAGCAGCGGGAUGGGAGAACUUGUGCAGGCAACACCAGGAGCCUCUGAAGCUCUUCUGCAAGGAGGACCAGCAGCCCAUCUGCACGGUGUGUGACAGGUCCCAGGCUCACCGCUUCCACACCGUGGUCCCCGUCAAAGAAGCUGCCCAGGAAUAUAAGGAAGAAAUCCAGGCCCUCCUACAGGCUUUAAAGGGUGAGAGAGAAAAAUACCUGGAAAGCAGAAAAACCGGAGUAAGGAAGAGCUCAUACCUGGAGAAAACCAAAACCGAAGGGAAGAAGAUAGUGUGCGAAUUUGAGCAAUUGCACCAAUUUUUGAAGGACCAAGAGCGCCUCCUCCUGACCCAGCUGGUAGACCUGGACCAGGCCAUCACCAGGGUCCAGGAGGAAGCGGUGGCGAAGGUCUCGGAGGAGAUGUCCCACCUCGACACCCUGAUUUGGGAGAUGGAGGGGAAAUUCCAGCAGCCGGCGAGCCAGUUCCUGCAGGACAUCAGAAGACUCUUGAAUAGUUGUCAGAUGAUGAAGUUCAACCCUCCGGUGGAGAUUUCCUCCGAUCUGGAAAGAAGACUUGAGGACUUUGUUCAGAGAAACGUCCUCGUGAGAGACACACUGAGGAAAUGCCAAGACAGCCUGAUGUUUAAAUUGCAAGAGCCAACCAACGUGACCCUGGACCCGGCCACGGCUCACCCCAACCUCCACCUCUCCGAGGACCGAAAACAAGCCAGGGGCCAGCUGACGCGGCAGGACCUCCCGGACAACCCGGAGAGAUUUGACUUCGAACCCUGCGUGCUGGGCUGCGAGGGCUUCACCUCGGGGAGACACUUCUGGGAGGUGGAGGUGGGGCAGGGGGGUGUCUGGGCCCUGGGGGUGGCCCGAGCAUCGGUCAAGAGGAAGGGACCGACGAGCCUCGCCCCCAACGAGGGGGUCUGGGCGCUGGAAGCUUAUCACUCCCUCACAUCCCCCCGUGCCAACCUGCGCCUGAACCCGCUUCCCAGGAGGAUACGGGUCUCCUUGGACUAUGAAGGAGGGCGGGUGGCAUUUUUCAGCGCGGACGAUGAUGCUCCCAUCUUGGCUUAUACCGGAGCCUUGUUCAAUGGGGAGAGGGUCUUCCCCUGGUUCAAGAUGGGGAUAGGGGCUCGUUUGCAAGAAAUCACCCAAACCCCACCCUCAGAGGGCCAGUCCAUGACUGGGCAGCUGAUGUCCCCUCUGGACUGGGUAGGGUUCAGGUUUCCCCUCCAGAUCUGUCCUUGAGACGUCUGUCAAUCAGACCUUAAUGAAAGGGACAUCUCCUGUGUGAUGCCAGCUGUUUGCUGUGGUUGCUCAGAGCAUCUCGCCGAGAGAACACGCUGCUCCUCUCCCGCGUCCGUCUCUGUUGGGAGCUUUGGGAUAGCACCUGUACGGCAAGGAUGAGGAGAUGGGGACACCAGCAGGCAGUGGUGAGGAAGAAGGAUCAGCCGGUACAAGGUGAUGGAGUCAGCAUGUCAGAAGGAAGGGAACAUCGAGGGGUUGAUCAAGGAUGGAGAGCACUCAGGACUUUCAAACGUGUGGUCUUUUUUAAUUCAUUUUGCCUUUAACGGCCUGAAUCCUCCUGUUUGUAUCUCUUUCCAAAGUGUUUUUUUUCUGACAUGAAUGGCAAGGCAGAUCCAGAGUCUGUUCUGCCAAGGGAGGUGGCCUUUCACUACAAACUGGCUUGGUUUGGGGAGCUGGUCUCUAUCUCUGUCUACAUUUCGGAUAUUUAUUUUAAAUAAAACAACAUUUUGUUUUGCACUCUCCA